CUUCAGUUCAGGGUAACCUCACUCGCCAACUCAUCGUCAACCGUCUCCCAGUUGCGACAAAUCCGACAAGAUGGCCAAGUCUAAGAACGCCUCUCAGCACCACAACAGCCAGAAGGCUCACCGUAACGGUAUCAAGAAGCCUAAGACUCACCGUUACCCCUCCCUCAAGGGUGUUGACCCCAAGUUCCGCCGCAACCACCGUCACGCUCUUCACGGAACCAUGAAGGCUCUUAAGGAGCGCAAGGAGGGCAAGCGUGAGAUCGCAUAAAUCAACUUAAUUUAGAAAUGAAUUAAAAAUGGGAGCGCAUUGAGUUGGUGUUUCACACGUGCCAUGAUCCCAGGCGUCCUGUCGGAUAGACCCUCUGGCUGGUUCCGUGCAACGGUUGCUAAAUAAGACAAUAUGAUUCGAUUCCACGACAUGGCCUGACACUUGUUUCCGUUCUUCCUGUGUGUUUUGGUCAGUAGGUUGUGCAGUUCCGCAGCCCCGAUCAUGGGCUUUCAAUGUUCGUAUGAACAGGCAUAUGUGUGUACAGCUUCGUGCUUAUUUUCAUGCGCGCUUGCUGAAGGAUUUUUUUCAACGUGCCGAGAGAAGAUUCCAUGCCCUCCAAUUACCAAACACCUUCUGCCUGAACUCUGUGGCGAGAGGGUGCAUGGACGGAGGGCUACAUCCGUAGACCAGAAUAGCAAUCAAUUCAUACUACAUCAAUUCAUUUACGUUGUCAUAACUGUUUCUCCCUUAUCUGCUCCCAAUGACGUUGACAGUCAGAUAUAAUACACGACCCAUGCAUCUCUACGCAAGCUCAAGUAACCAGCACAACUACAAAGUGAUACGAUCAAGCCUUCCAAACAAUCAACCUCUUAUCAAACCCCCCACUAACCAACCACUCCUCCCUCACAAUCUCCCCAUCCCUCAAAACAUCCACCCAACCCG